AAGACAAGAUGUUGUCUCUGGCAUCUUUAUCAUUGCUGGUAGCGACAGUCUUAGCCCAAUCAUCUUUCUCCCCUACGAGACCACCAGCAAUACCUCUUGCAGUUUCUAACCCGUAUCUCAAUACCUGGCAACAAGCUGGUAGUGAUGGUGGUAAUGGUGGAUAUNNCUUGCCGGUCAAUGGCCGAAGUUCUGGGCGUCUUAUAAAAGUUGAUGGAGGUGCUGCAGUAACCUGGAUGGGCGCUCCACCAGGACCUGCUGUUGCUACUCAGACCAGCUUUGAGUAUACGUCGACAAAAUCCGUCUUCACACUAUCCGUGGAUGGCAAAGUGGGCAUGAAUGUAACCUUUCUUUCUCCAGUCGAACCUACGGAUCUCAGGCGCCAAUCUAUCCCAGCAUCUUACAUGAACGUUGAGGUCUUUUCUAUCGAUGGUUCUGAACACAAGGUCCAGCUAUACUCGGACGUGUCCGCUGAAUGGGCAUCUGGAGAUAGAUCUGCUGUUGCAGAGUGGGAUUUCGGCACUAUCAAUUCUGCUGCUUCGAAGCGUGAUUCAAACACGAGCUACUCAACGAUGCAGACAGUGGCAGUUCCAGUAUCCUCGGUUGCCUCCUCGAACCUUUCAACCACUGCUGUAAUCUCUUCUCAGACUGACGCGACAACCGCAUCUGCAUCCUCAGCAUCCGCAACUGCUACAGGAAUGGCGGUCACCAGUGGUAUUGCAUAUCAUCGCUUCUACCGGCGGGAUCAGCAGCUCUUCACGGAGAACUCAGACCAAGCGAGCUGGGGUAACUGGAUUUACGCAUGUCAACAUGGUGGUUUGACCUACGCGAACGGUGGUGUUGACACAGAUGUUCGUGGUGCAUUUAUCAAUAACGGCGCACUCAAUAACGAAUUGAACACCAAUUACAGAGCGAUCAGCAACCAAUGGCCAGUGUUUGCGUUUGCUCUCGACCUCGGGUCUGUUGGAAGCACUCCGGCAUCAGCAUUGUUCACAUUGACCUUAGCACAAGAACAAGCCAUUCAAUUCGAGUACGAGAAAGACAAAAUCCAGCAACUACCGCCACUUUGGACAAGCUACUUUUCAAACGAACAAGAUCUGGUCUCAUUCUUUUAUAGUGACUGGUCCAAUGCUCAGACUACUGCAAAUAGCAUCGACACAAAGGUUGCUACAGAUUCCUUGGCGAACGCAGGACAAGACUAUCUUACCAUUACCAGUCUCGCUGUUCGUCAGGUCUUCGCCACUACACAGCUUGCUGGCACACAGAAUUCUUAUCACCUUUUCAUGAAGGAGAUCAGUAGUAAUGGUGAUAUGCAGACUGUGGAUGUCAUCUUCCCUGCUUUCCCAAUCUUCAUCUACUUCAAUCCAGAUCUUGGCCGUUUACUUCUUGAACCGCUGUUCAUCAACCAAGAGACUGGCAACUGGCCUAAUGCGUACGCAAUUCAUGAUCUAGGCACUUUCCCUAACGCUACUGGCCACAACGAUGGCAAUGCUGAAGAACAACCAUUGGAGGAGUGUGGCAACAUGAUCAUCAUGGCUCUUGCUGUAGCCCAGAAAGUCAGUGGUGGCGCCGACUACUUGAACCAACACUACAACAUCCUAAAACAAUGGAACGAUUACCUCGUCAUUGAGUCCCUGAUCCCCUCGAACCAGAUCUCUACAGAUGACUUUGCCGGCUCACUAGCGAACCAGACCAACCUAGCACUCAAGGGCAUCAUCGGUAUCGAAGCCAUGGCCAUGAUUGCAAACCUCACCGGUCACACUGCGGAUGCUCAAAACUUUACCAACAUUGCCCAUAACUAUAUCACCAAAUGGCAGCAGUUGGGAAUUGCUCCGGCUACCAAUGGAUCGCUUGCGCAUACCACACUCGCAUACGGUAUGCCCGAGACCCACGGUCUACUUUAUAAUCUCUACGCCGAUACCUGGGUGAAAACGAAUCUCGUGCCUCGUAGCAUUUUCGUCGCUGCUAUUGCCUCUCCCUCUACCAAGAAGCUCUUUAUCUCCAAGAUUGCUUCGUGGAUCGGCAAGACUCCGACCAACAGACCAUUUACGGAUCUUUAUGAGACAGGCAGCGGAGAUUAUCCUGGUGGUAUCAACUUUGCGGCCAGACCGGUACUGGGCGGUGUGUUUGCUCCGCUGUUGGUUGGACAAGGUCCCCUGGGU